AUGAAUACUUUACAAGUGACAGAAUUUUGCAAUAGAGUUUUUGAAAAAUAUGAUAAAAAUAAAUCAGGAUUUAUUGAGAUAGAUGAACUAACUACACUUUUAAAUAAUCUUGCCAAAGAAAUCAAUUCUUAAGUUUUAAUUUCUUAUAAUAUUAGUUACCAACCUAAAAGGAAAUAGACUAUAUUUUAACUUAUUUAGAUACAAAUAAUGACAAAAAAAUUAGCAGAAGUGAGUUUUAGAAAUUAGGAUAAUUAAUGGUGAAAAUUCUAGCGAGUGUUUGACCUUAUUUGAAAAUAAAUAAAUUUUUAACUAAUUAAACACAUAUUUUUACUCUCAUAUAUCUCUGAUAAUCUGAUAAAGAUUUUGUUAAAAUCACGAAUGAGAUUUAGAAUUUUAAUUUCUCUUUCAAUAAUAAAAGUUGGUGUUAAUUGUAAUAUCAGAUAAAGGAUAGCCAUUUUAUUAACAAUAAGAUUAUGAAUUAAUAAUUUAAGAAACUUUAUUUCAUAAAGAAGAGCAAGAAAGGUCUGUAAAAUAAAGAUAAUUUUAAUAAGAAAUAAAGUGUGAAUAUAUUUUAUAAAGUUAGAUGCAUUAAUCAAGUUAUGAAUUAUAAAAAGGUAGGUUAACAGUCAGUCCCUUGAUAUAGAUAGAUUGA